AUGAGCGUCAGAUUCACUCGUGGGUUCGCCUCCAAGGCCAGAACGUGGGGAGUGUGGAGCGACUUUCAGAGUCGGUCGCCCUCCUUGAAAAUUCCAAACGACAAGAUCAAAAGCGAUCUCUUUAAAGGCAUUUCUAACGAUGGUCCACAGUCAUACACCAUCGAGUCCCACAGAAAGUCGUACCACUCGCCUUUGCACAUCGACCCUACGUUUCAGCAGGCUUACGACAUUUUGGAGAACGAGGCUGAAAGCAUAUACAAGGAGGCCCAGGGCUCUGGAAGCGAAGAGCUCUUGGUCAAGGCAGAAAUCAAGAACCCAGAGGUGCUUCACAACUUCGAAAAUGGCAAGGCCGAUCUCUCGAUUCCCGUCUACAGACGUCUUGCAGAGGAGAAGUGGAAGGCCCACGAUCUCAUGGUCACCAUGCAAAGAUUGGAAACGCUACAUGUCAUCCCAGACACCAUGCCCACUUUAGAUCCCAAGGUGGACGUCAAGGUGAGAUUUGGUCACAACUCGAGAGAAGAGUUUGCUGGAGACAUCACGCCGGGCACUGUUUUGCCAGCUUUUGCUGUUUCCAUUCCUCCAACUAUCGAGGUCCAAGAGUUCAACGCUGCAGACCACGACCUGGGUCUCUACACAGCCGUGAUUGUCAACCCAGACACCCCAGACUUGGAAAGAAACUCUUUCAAAACUACACUCCACUACGGUUUGCAAAACGUUCCAUUGACUUACACCGACAAUGCCAUCACCCCAGCCAAGCUCUUGGCCAACCCACAAUUCGUGUUCCAGCAGUACACGCCUCUCUUGCCCGAGAAGAAUGCUCAGAAGCAGAGGGCCUGUUUGUGGGUCUUCAGACAGACGAAGAAGCUUGAUACUUUGUCUUACAACACGGAAAACUUCGACAUCAGAGAAUUCGCCGAAACUAAUGGUCUCACUGCUGUAGGCGCUCAUGUUUGGAGACAAGUGUUUGACAGAUCUGUCAACGAGACUAGGGCAAAGUUUGGUCUUCCACAGGGCCGUGUUUUCAGAAGAAUAAGAGGCAUCAAGCCUCUUGUGUAA